AUGGGCGCAGCGAGGACCGCGGAGCGCGGCGUCGGGGCCGGCCUGGGGCUCCGAGGGCUGCUGCUGGCCGGCGUCCUUCUGCAGGCACCCGCGUGCGCCCUGGGACCCGCAGCGAUCGCGGCCGGGCGCCCCGGCGCCCCGAGCCCCCCUGCCGUGGAGCGGCCCGACGGAGCGGAGCGAGGCGAGUACGACCUGGUGUCUGCUUACGAGGUUGACCACAGGGGAGAGUUUGUGUCCCACGAAAUCACACACCACCAGCGGCGCCGACGCGCAGCAGACCGGCACGGAGGGGACACUCUGCACCUCCGGCUGAAGGGCACCAGGCACGACUUCCACCUGGACCUGAAGGCUGCCAGCAGCCUGGUGGCUCCUGGAUUUCUGGUGCAGACACUGGGCAGGCAGGGCACCACGUCCGUGCACGCGUUCCGGGCCGAGGACCUCUGCUUCUACCAAGGCUCCUUGCGCCACCAGAGGAAUUCCUCGGUGGCUCUUUCCACCUGCCAAGGUUUGUCAGGCAUGAUAAGGACAGAGGAAGCCGACUAUCUCCUGAAGCCACUUCCUGCGAGUCUCGCAGAGACACACAGUGGAUGUCCUCCCGCUGGCCCCUGCUCUCCCUCCCACGUGCUGUACAAGAGAUCCACCGAGCCCCGGGCGCCCCAGGCUCCCCAGGCCAACGAGAUCCUGAUGGUCGCCAGGAAGAGAGAGGUGGCAAGCCAGAGCCUCCGUGAGGACAGGCAUGCUCUCAGGCCCCCACAAAAGCAGCACUUCUGCGGAAGACGCAAGAAAUACAUGCCCCAGCCUCCCUCAGAAGACCUGUUCAUCUUACCUGACGAGUACCAGCCGGGCCUGAGGCACAAGCGCUCUCCCCUCAAGUCCCCUCAAAAGGACGAGCUGAACGUGGAGACGCUGGUGGUGGUGGACAACAGGAUGAUGCGGAACCAUGGCCAUGGGAACAUCACCACCUACGUCCUCACCGUGCUCAACAUGGUGUCUGCCUUGUUCAAGGAUGGGACCAUAGGAGGAAACAUCAACAUAGCCAUUGUAGGGCUCAUUCUUCUAGAAGACGAACAGCCAGGACUGGUGAUAAGUCACCACGCAGACCGCACUUUAAGUAGUUUCUGCCAGUGGCAAUCUGGACUCAUGGGAAAAGAUGGAACUCGCCACGAUCACGCCAUCUUACUGACCGGUUUGGAUAUAUGUUCGUGGAAGAAUGAGCCCUGUGACACAUUGGGAUUUGCACCUAUCAGUGGGAUGUGUAGUAAAUACCGCAGCUGUACCAUUAACGAAGACACGGGGCUGGGACUGGCCUUCACCAUCGCCCACGAAUCUGGCCAUAACUUUGGCAUGGUGCACGAUGGGGAAGGGAACAUGUGUAAAAAGUCCGAGGGCAACAUCAUGUCCCCCACAUUGGCUGGACGGAACGGGGUCUUCUCCUGGUCGCCCUGCAGUCGCCAGUACCUGCACAGAUUUUUAAGCACUGCCCAAGCCGUGUGCCUUGCUGACCAGCCAAAACCCGUGAAAGAAUACAAGUACCCUGAGAAGCUGCCGGGAGAGUUGUACGACGCAAACACACAGUGCAAGUGGCAGUUUGGAGAGAAAGCCAAGCUCUGUCUUCUAGACUUCAGAAAGGACAUCUGUAAAGCCCUGUGGUGCCACCGCAUCGGAAGGAAAUGUGAGACCAAAUUCAUGCCAGCGGCGGAGGGCACGGUAUGCGGGCAGGACAUGUGGUGCCGUGGAGGACAGUGUGUGAAAUACGGUGACGAGGGCCCUAGGCCCACUCACGGCCAUUGGUCAGACUGGUCUCCGUGGUCGCCUUGCUCUAGGACCUGUGGAGGAGGAGUAUCCCACAGAGACCGACUCUGCACGAACCCCAGACCAUCGCAUGGGGGGAAGUUUUGUGAGGGCGCCGCACGCACCCUGAAGCUUUGCAGCAGACAGCAGUGUCCCCAGGACAGUGUGGACUUCCGCGCGGCCCAGUGUGCCGAGUAUAACAGCAAGCGCUUCCGAGGCUGGCUCUACAAAUGGAAGCCUUACACUCAAGUGGAAGAUCAGGACUUAUGCAAACUCUACUGUAUCGCAGAAGGAUUUGAUUUCUUCUUUUCUUUGUCAAAUAAAGUGAAAGAUGGGACUCCAUGCUCGGAGGAUAGCCGUAAUGUUUGUGUAGAUGGGAUGUGUGAGAGAGUUGGCUGUGACAAUGUCCUGGGCUCUGAUGCUACGGAGGACUCGUGUGGAGUGUGCAAAGGGAAUAACUCAGACUGCACCAUGCACCGCGGGCUCUACUCCAGGCACCACCACGCCAACCACUAUUACCACGUGGUCACCAUUCCUCCUGGCGCCCGGAGUAUCCGUAUCUACGAGACCAAUGUAUCUACCUCCUACAUUUCUGUGCGCAAUGCCUUCAACGCCUAUUACCUGAAUGGACACUGGAAGGUGGACUGGCCUGGACGGUACAGGUUUUCCGGCACCACCUUUGACUACAGGCGGUCCUUUAAGGAGCCUGAGACCUUAACCUCUGCUGGACCAACCAACGAAACACUGGUCAUAGAGCUUCUGUUCCAGGGCAGGAACCCAGGAGUGGCCUGGGAAUAUGCACUGCCUCGAGCGGGCAUGGAGAAGCCGCCCCCCGCCAAGCCCAGCUACGCGUGGGCCAUCCUGCGCUCGGAGUGCUCCGUCUCCUGCGGCGGAGGGCAGAUGACCACGAAGGAAGGCUGCUUCCGAGACCUGAGGGUGCCGGUGAACACGUCCUUCUGCGACCCCGAGACGCGUCCCGUCACAGGGCUGGUGUCCUGCAAGGUGUCGGCUUGUCCUCCCAGCUGGUCUGUGGGGAACUGGAGCGCCUGCAGCCGGACGUGCGGCGGUGGCACACAGAGCCGGCCCGUGCGGUGCACACAGCGAGCGCGCUACCACGUGGAGCCCGUCCCCGCCAGCCGGUGUCCCCAGCCUGCGCCCUCCAGCCACCAGGCCUGCAACUCUCAGAGCUGCCCACCCGCGUGGAGCACGGGGCCCUGGGCGGAGUGCUCUCGGACCUGCGGGAAGGGGUGGAGGAAGAGGACUGUGGUGUGCAAGAGCACCAACCCUGCUGCCAGAGCACAGCUGCUGCCCAGCACCGCCUGUGACCCGGAGCUCAAGCCCAAGACGCAGGAGGCCUGUCUGCCCAGGCGCUGCCACAAGCCCCGGAAGCUGCAGUGGCUCGUGUCCGCCUGGUCCCAGUGCUCUGUGACAUGUGAAAGAGGAACCCAGAAAAGAUUCCUAAAGUGUGCCGAAAAGUACAUUUCUGGCAAGUACCGGGAGCUUCCCUGGAAGAAGUGCUCCCUUCUGCCGCAGCCCGGCCUGGAGCUGGAGCGCACCUGCGCCCUACGGCCCUGCAGCCAGCCCCACCCCCAUGCGGCACGGGGCAGCUGGUUUGCCUCGCCCUGGUCCCAGUGCACAGCCAGCUGUGGAGGUGGUGUGAAGAGAAGGACCGUGCACUGUCUGUCAGGGGGCCGGCCAGCCUCCAGCUGCUCCCCGGAACACAGGCCUGAGGCCUCACUGGCCUGUAACACCCACUUCUGCCCCGUGGUGGAGCAGCAAGACACCUUCUGCAGAGACUACUUCCACUGGUGCUCCCUGGCGCCCCAGCACGGGGUGUGCAGCCAUGGGUUCUACAGCAAGCAGUGCUGCAAGACCUGCGCAGAGUCCAACCUGUAAGAGCAGCGCAGGCCCCGCGGCAGCCAGGACGCCACGGUGCCGCCCAGCGGGCCGCGCAGAACCCGUCAGCAUGCGUGCGGGAAGGGCCCAGAGCAGCCUCGGGAGCCAGGACCGUGUGGGGCUCUUUGACAUGCGUGUGUUGGGUGUCUAAGCAAGUAUAUGCUCUCCUGGGUGGCAGCGUGGGGUGAUGGGGGCUGACCCUCAACAGUCAGACAGAGUGGGGGCCGGUGCUAAAGAGCUGGAGAAACAGAGCUCACCAUUGUGAUUUCAGCUAAGUCAGAUCCAAAAGGCAGAAGGGCAGAGCAGAACGUUCCCGAUGUGUUGGGGGAAAACAAUAAAAGGCCAUGAAAUACAGGAACUAUCUCUCUCAACCAUCCAAAAGACCCUGCAACCACAGGGAAGACCCCGCGGUCUGGGUGCAGGGCAGGUGCUGGAAGCCCCCAGACCCUGCCCGGCUCCCCUUCAGUAGCCACAGGAGCCCAGGUCUUGCCUGGGGCGAGCCUGCAGGGGCUCUGCCAUCUGAUUUGGACUCUGAGUAGGGUAACGAUGAAAAGGAAACCCCUGCCAAGGUGCUCUGUACUUACCUCUCAUCUUGCUCAGUUAUUUCCAGUGAGUGCUCCUACUUAAACCCACACCUCAAGCUUUCCUGUGCUCACGUGGAUCAGAAGCACCAGUCACACCCAAACCUAGCCAUCCUCAGAAGAACGGGGUCCAACCAGAACAGACGUCCGCUGUGAGCCCGGAGGGGCAGGAGCCUUAAGCCCAGGCUUUGUUUUUGUACAUUGUGGGGUUUUAAAUGUAUUAGAUAAGCCGCGCGACUGUGACUCACGCCUGUCAUCCUAGCUACUCAGGAGGCUGAGAUCUGAGGAUCGCGGUUCAA